UUCUUAGAGCGAACACAUCGAGAAGCUAAACAAACAAAUCCAACAUUGCCAAAAAGCAAAAUAAAUCUAAAGCAAAGGAAAGACCAUAAGGAAAUCAAGUUCGCAAGUGAAUUCAAUUUCAAAGACAACUACACGCAAAGAAGUGUUAAGGACUACUUAUAAUACACAAGUAGUAUCGGCAAACAAUUUCAAGAGCUAUAACAUAAAAGCAAAAAAUGCCAGAGAUUCGCAUUUAAGUUUAAAGUGUGAAAUUUGUGUGAUAAACUUAAAGAUUAGGCGCAGUGCCAAGUGCACGUAGUGGAAGUACCCAUUCAUAUAAAUAGUUUUUGAUUGAAGUCCAAAACAAUGUCAAGUGUUGUGUGCUGUGAGGGCAGCGGCCGGCGAGUGAGCGUUUUGUUGUUGAUGUUGCUGCUGGGGCUGCAGCUAAUGUUGUCCUGCAACGCGGGUCGCAUCCAUCGCUCGGCCUUCAUGGACGGCGAUGUGCGGUCUGAGGUGGUCGAUCCCAAUAAUCGCACCAUCUGGGGCAUGUUCAAUCUGACCGAAGAGCAGGUCAAUCGUAUACGCAAUGGCACCAAUCCCAGUGGCAAAGACGAGACAACUCAAGCGACCAGAAAUCGAUUACUGGAUCACAUAGCUCUGCAGCGGAUGAAUGAGAUACGCUCACGCAUACGCAUUGCUGUGUCCAAUGAUAAUCAGAAUACCCAGCACGAACAGGAUAAGCCACUGCACGAAAUGGCCGGCUAUCCCAUUUGCAAUGGAGAAACAACCACAUCCGAGCAAUGGAAUCAGACAAACAAUUUAUCGCUUGAGUUUGCCAGCAGUGUGUUCCAGCAGAAUCGUGGCUCUCAAAUGACUGUGGACAGUGCCAUCUUGCGGCUGUACAAAACGAAUCCCAAAGCCCAAUCCGCGACUCCCACACAUGAGGCAACAUCAACAUCGACGUCAGCAACAGAGCCGCUGUGUCCAGAGCCCAUGCUCGAAUCCCAGAUACGUGUCACCGUCUCCAUUGUGCAUCAGCAGAAGAAAAAACGCAAGACAGAACGUAAGAAGCGUACUUGCAACACGAUGAUGCUGAGCACCACCAAAACUGGCUGGGUGGACAUCGAUGUGAAGUGUGCCCUCAAUUAUUGGGCCCAACAGCAGCAGACACAAUCGCCAAUUGUUGUCGGAGUGCUGCUGAUCGAAGUGCACGACGAUGAGGAGAAUCAAUUGAUGCCGGGGCUUUACUUUCAGCCACCGUCCUGCGAGAAGGCAGAUAUUGCAGUCCCAUGGCCCGUCUACAGAUCAGCGUCGACUUUGCGUAGUGUGGAAAAUAGCCCGGUGCCCAAAUUCCCAAGGUUAGACGUAAUCUACAUUGGCAACGGAGCGCUGUCGCCCAAGAACUUCGACAGUACCAACGACGUUGAAAACUUCAAUCUCCAAAAGUAUAUUUAUGGCCCGAAUCGGAGCAGGGAGUCAUUGAAUACCGAGCCAACUACUUUAAAUUCACCCACAAUCGACAACAUGCUUGAGAACAGCGAAAGUGCCAGCCAAGCCAAGGAGCAUAUUCAUCAGCAUCGCCGUCGUCACCAACACAACCAACAGCAGCAGCCGCAUCAAAUGACCGACUGUUUUGACUCCUCCGAUUCGAAGGACUCGUCGCAGCAAUCGGAGACACAACACCAGUUGCGAACGCACCAUAACCAAUAUCAUCAUAAUCAUCACCACCAUCAGCACCACAAUCAUCAUAAACAUCGUCAUAGCGCUCAGAGCGAGGAGUAAAACACACACACACAUACGAGCACACACACACAAUCUUCCCAUUUACAUUACACACAUGUAAUUCAGCGAUUCAUGUCCUAAACACAAAACACACAAAUGCUGGUCUUAGUUUAUUGUUUUUGUAUCAUUAGGGCCAGUUGACUUAAAUAGCUUUUAGUUCAUGUCAUUCAUUUUUUUUUUAAUUUUUGUAAUAACCUAAUCGUAAUUUAUAAUUUUAGAUUUUUGAUUUCUAAGUUGAGCAUUUUUGACAAAUUACUCGAAAUUUGUAUUUUAUUUGAGAGUAUGUAUUUUGUAAACAUACAUAUGUAUUACAUAUACAUGUACACAUAUAUUAUUAUUUUUAAAUCUCUCUUAUAUUAGGAGUCUGUGAUUUAGAUGUGGUUGAAUUUGCGAAUUUUUUGCUUAAAUUAUGAUAGAAUUGUUGGAACCUCAAAACUAAUUUCAAUACGAAUAUAUAUAACUACUUGCGAGUAUAUAUUAAAAUAUAAAUAAAAAUAAAAAUAAUUUUAACAAUAUGUAAUACUAUACUAUAAACAUUAAUCUAAUUAUGUAUAACAUUAUUGAAAAGCAAAUUGUCUUUGCUUGCAAAUUAAAAUAAAAACAAAAAGUAUCUACGGCACAAAUCCAGAAUACAUAUAUUUGGGCAAGACAAGGGCAUAUUUGCUAAUUGUGUAGUCUAUAAACCCCCCACACACACACACACACACACACUUGCAUGCACACUGAAUUUAUACACACUUGUAUAGUUUUGUUAUUAAGUCAAUAGGCUAAAAAGUGCCUUCCUUUUAUAAAGCAGCAAAAUCGACACAAGCCGAUAAUUAUAUGUUGUUAUUACAAGCCGUUUUUCAAUCUCAUGUUACUCGGUUAAUGAACUGAGUGAGAAAUUUGUGUGCAUACCUUUUUUUGUAGUACAUAAAAACCUACUAAAAAACAACAAUAAAAA